GUGUUCUUUGAUCGAAAAUCGAGGUGUCUCUGCAGCAAAGAAGGUAGUGGUGUGAAUUUCUUGAGACGAAUCAGGAGUUCAUUGUUGUUUCAGUUGAACUUGACGGUGGUUCUCCAGAUCGAUUCACGGCGAUAAACCUUAUAGCUCCAUUGUUCAGCUGCUACGGCCAUGUCCGCUGACACUGUUCCUCCUCUCAUUGCUGCCCAUAUUAAUUACCUGCUCAACCACUUUCCCCUCCCUGUUAAGAUUGAGCACAUGUGGUCUGGCAGUAGACACUACCCUGGAAUUAUGGAUAGGUUCACCUUAGUCAUGCCUUACUGCCUUGAAUUCGUCAAAUGGGACAUCAUGUACAAUGCUGAAUCACCGUUUUCUGCUCCUGAUAUUAUGUUUGGACCAGAAGAUGAAAAUUUCCAUCCAUUCAGUAGCAAGGUUGAUGAAGGAGAAGGAGAUCAUAAUUCAUUACAGAACAGUUUACGUGACUGGAACAGCAAAGAUCCAUCUCGGCUCACUAGCCUCCUUCAAGAACUGAGGGAUCGAUAUGUGUCAUACCAAAGGAAACGUGUUGAAGGUGUUGAUGAUGAAAGAUUGAAGUUUGAACUUUGUACUAUGUUAUCAAGGGAGGGAAUUGAAAUGCAUUUGAGUUCAGGUGUUGAGAAGCCAGAGGAGGUCAAAUUUGCAGUGCCGCUGGUAGACAUUAAUAUUAAUAAGAUGAUACCCGGAUGCCCGUGGAGGCAUCCACAGAAGAUAUUCUUGCAGGUUUUAUAUCCGGUGGUGAGAAAAUAUGCAACUACUCCUUCUGCGCCACGUCUGAAGUUGGUUUCUACCUCUGAGCUGAAGGCUCUGUUAUCCAUCGAGGACAUCAAACUUCCUUCCUGGAUAGAUGGAAUGUGCAUGGCUGAAUAUCUUCCCCAUCUAGAAGAGAGUCUUGAGAAACAGGUUCUGGAGGCUGUUUCUUUGAUUGAUGUUAGGAGAGGCUUUAUAGAGGCAUUGGACAAUUUCUUUGGAAGGCCUUUAGAAGCUGACCCGGUGUUUUGUCGAACAGCUACAGUUAUCACUGCGUCUGGGGUGUUCACAUUCCUGGUCCACAUCCUCAUUUCAACCCAAUUUCCAAAGAAACAGCCUUCUCUGGUGCUGCAAAGUUCUCAGCAUUUCAACUCUCAAGGUGCACCCAUCAAGUCGCAGCUUAUUACCGACUAUCCUUGGAGUCCUAGAUGGGAGCCAUUGCAAAUGGCUGAGCGGAUUUUCGAGUUUCUUGCUGACGAGGCUUUGAGUUUCAAGAGGUACUGCAAUGAGGCUCAACUUCAAUGAUGAUGGUUCUAUGAAAACUCUGGUCAACGUGAGUCAAUAUUCCCACCAUACGUCAGUACAGUUUAUGUAUAGUAGCUGUUUGAGUAGAGUAGUGGUGUUCCUAAUUUUUGGUUUUUAGAUUGAUUUUGCCAUCCCCUUGGGGGUUUGUCUGCCUAGUGCUUCCUUGAUAAAGAUUACGUUGUAUUUGGAUCGAGAACUGAUGUGAGUUUUCAAUUUUAAGGAUCAUUGUAUUUGGUAAAGGAUUCGAUUCCAGAAACAUUGGACGAUCCUCAACGGGACUGGGCAUGGGCAUUGAUCUUGAACGACCGUGAUUUGGCAUUUUGUUUUAGUCAUAUUUCAUAGAGCCCAGUAACAAAUGAUCAAAUUGUUGAACAGAGGAAAAUGACCUCUCCAAUUCAUUGCUGCUUGAUUGAGACUGAGUUUUGAUUA